AUGAUCCUGUACGAAACUGAUUGUCCUUAUCCGGAACGUCUUCUUUGGUGUAUUGCUGUCCUUGUUACACUUGUAGCAGGUCAAUUAGCACCAUUGGAAGAAUUAGAACCGGAAUUUUUAGCACCACUUGAAAAUCAUACAGUGACCCAAGGACGUGAUGUUUAUUUCACGUGUGUUGUAAACCACUUAUCAUCAUAUAAGGUGGCGUGGAUCAAAUCUGAUUCAAAAGCAAUUUUAGCAAUACACACGCAUAUGGUUGCACACAAUCCACGAUUAUCGGUGACACAUAAUGGCCAUAAUACGUGGAAAUUACAUGUAUCAAAUGUACAAAAGAAUGAUUCAGGUACAUAUAUGUGCCAGAUUAAUACAGACCCAAUGCGAAGUCAGAUGGGUAAUUUAGAAGUAGUUAUACCGCCUGAUAUAAUUGAUGAAGAUGAUAUGGUAUCAUCAAUUGAUGGGAAUACCGCCACAGAAGGUGGAUCAGUACGUUUACGAUGUCAUGCUACUGGUGUUCCAGAGCCUACGGUAUUAUGGAGACGUGAAGAUAAUCGUAAUAUUGUUUUUCGACAUGAAGGUGGUCGAGAAAAACAAGCAUUGUGGUCGUAUGAUGGUGAUACACUACACUUAACAAAUAUCCAGCGUGCAGAUAUGGGUGCCUAUCUAUGUAUCGCUUCAAAUGGUAUACCACCAUCAGUUAGUAAACGUUUUACAGUUCAAGUACAUUUUCAUCCACUUAUAAAAGUGUCGAACCAGUUGGUAGCUGCACCGAUGGAGAGCGAUGUCCUUAUACAAUGUUAUGUAGAAACAUCGCCUAGAGCACUCAACAGCUGGUACAAAGAUACUGGUGAGAAGUUAAUGGAAGGAAGUAAAUACGUGAUGCAAGAAUUUAUGCUGAACGAUUAUUCACUGUUGAUGAAUUUAACAAUUAGAUCAUUGGAGCAAAGAGAUUUUGGUGGAUAUAUAUGUUCAUCAGAAAAUGCACUGGGUAAAGCAGAAGGUGUUGUACGUUUACAAGAAUUACAUCUUCCAUCAAAAACCACAACAACUCAACCUCCGCCUCGAUUCAUUGAUGUCUUCCCAAAAUCCCGAAUAAAACCAUCAGCAAAUGUCAACAGUAGUAAUUCAAACAAAACACGUAAAAAACAACGUCAACCCGGUCAAAAAGGUCGUCAUGGGAACAAUGAUUAUGAGGAUGACCUACCAGCGAUCAUCACCACACAAUCCGUAUGGCCAAUUGAUGAUGUACGUACAAUCAAAUAUGAUAAUACAAAUCCACAAACAAAUCCCCCAUGGGUGACAUUAGUUGAGGGUAGUGCUGAACCAAUAAACCAAUUUAUUAUAAUCCAGAGUCUUCCAUUAUUAGUUGCAUUAAAUCAAUUCACCAAAUAA